AUGGAAACUAUCUUGGUUACUGGUGGAACUGGCUUAGUCGGAAGAGGUAUUCAGUUGGCCCUUGAAAGAAUGAAGGAGAAUGGAAAGAGAGAGAAUGAAAACUGGGUUUUCCUGAGCUCCAAGGACUGCGACCUUUUAGACCGUGAAGCAUCCCGUGCUGUUUUUGAAAAAUACAAGCCUGCUUAUGUGAUUCACCUGGCUGCUAAGGUCGGAGGUCUGUUCAAUAACAUGGCCCACAAGGUGGAGUUUUACAAUGAUAACAUUAUCAUGAACAUGAACGUGAUGGAGUUGUGCCGUGAGUUCAAGGUGAAGAAGCUCAUUUCUUGUCUUUCUACGUGCAUCUUCCCUGACAAGACGACCUACCCCAUCGAUGAAACCAUGAUUCAUACGGGUCCUCCACACUAUUCCAACGAAGGAUACGCCUACGCCAAGCGUAUGAUCGAGGUGAUGGAUCGUCUGUAUGCUGAGGAAUACGGAUGCCACUUCACCGCCAUCGUGCCCACCAACAUCUACGGUCCUUAUGAUAACUACGAGAUUGAAGGUGGCCACGUCGUUCCCGGUCUGAUCCACAAGUUCUACAAGGCCAAGCAAACCGGCGAGCCUGUGUGUGUCUGGGGUUCUGGCAAGCCUCUGCGCCAGUUCAUCUACAACGUCGAUAUGGGAGAGCUGAUUGUGUGGGUGCUCCGUGAGUACGAGGAGAUCGCGCCCAUCAUUCUGUCCGUUGGAGAGGAUGAGGAGGUGUCGAUCGGUGAUGUGGUGAACUACAUUGCGGAUGCGAUCGAUUACCACAAUAUCGAGUACGACCAUACCAAGGCGGACGGACAGUUCAAGAAGACGGCUUCGAAUGCCAAGCUGCGAAAGUACCUGCCUGAUUUCAAGUUCACUCCGAUGAAGGAGGGAAUUAAGGAGACUGUGGACUGGUUCGUGGCGAACUAUGAUACUGCCCGAAAGUGGAUUGUUUGUUUUAGCAAUUUUCAUACUACGUUGAACAGAAAAAGGAUAUCAUGCAGAGCAUCGUUGAUAGCAUUGUGGGAGCGCAGGUGA